GCUUUUAGUUUAAAGAUUUAUUUUUAUUCCCUCUUUUUUUCUUUUAUUGAAAGGGAAAGUAAAAUGGCGAUCGGCAGGGUUUUUUUUUUUUUAAGUGACUGGAACGGAACGGAUUUGAUUACUUACAUUGAUUUUUUGAAGGUGGAUUUGGGUUUUAAGAGGACUAUUUUCCCUUUCUGUUUAACCUUUUUUUUAAACUUUUUAAAGGGAUUUUUCUUGCAUUUUUUGUAUUUUUUUUUAAGAAGGAGGAAAGAAGAAAUAAAAUUUUUGAAAAUGGCUUCAAAGCGUCAAGCAACUUCUACAGUACCUAAGGUGGCUUCUUCUGCGAUAUUACCAGCACAACAACCUAAACUCAUACCACCAGCUUCUCCUCCCCUGCAACCAAUGACGGCACAGCACAACAUUUUUCUAACUGGAACACCUGGCAGCAUCAUUAACAGCAUUCCACAAGGAUCUCUGGUGAGGCAACCAACGCUAUCCAGUUGGCAAGGUGGAGAAUAAAGGUGGAACUCAGGAGCAUCCGGUGACAGCAUACCAGGACUGGAAGCACCUAAGCAGCACAUCAGAAAUCCAUCUCUCCUCAUCCAAAAGGUAGCAUGGCUCUCCUCAAACUUUUUCUCAUGGCUUUCAGCUUUGUCUUCUGGGCAGCAGGUCUAACCAUGCUCACCAUUGGUAUCUGGGCCAAGAUUUCAUUAGGUACCUACUUGAUGCUGUCAACCAAUCAAUACUCUCCCAACCCCUUUAUUUUGUUGGCUGCUGGCAUCACUAUCAUCAUAUGGGGCUUUCUGGGUUGCUUUAGUGCUGCCACUGAACAUCGUUGCCUAUUGCGCACUUAUGGGGGCUUCCAGCUGGCUGUCUUGGCUGCUGGACUGACAGCAGGGCUGUCUAGCUUGUUUUAUCGUGAGAAUAUUGCUGAAGGUUUCCAGAAUGGACUGCGAGAAGCCAUAAAUUCCUACACCAAUGAUGAGGAAAAAGCAGAGGCCCUGGAUUCCAUUCAGCGCAACCUGAAUUGCUGUGGCAUAGACAGUUACCGCGAUUGGUUUUCCUCACCCUGGUCUGUGGAGCAACAGGCACCUAAUGGCUCUGUGCCCCUCAGCUGUUGUAGGACCCGAAAAGGUUGCCUGCAUGCUCCACUCCCUUCCGAUGCUAAAGGUAUUUACCACAACGGAUGUUUCAGCAAGGUGCAUGACUUUGUCAGCUACAAUAUAUUCUACAUUGCCUCAGCUGCACUUGGGCUGGCCCUCAUGCAAGUUGUGGGGAUCGUCCUUUCUUGCCUCCUGGCUGCACGUAUCCUACCACAGGGAGAAUCAGUUGCAGGGACCAUCUCACACUGAAUAUGGAGUCCUGAGAGCCUUCCUUCUUCCAAGGCAUUGUAGCCUUCUUCCAUAAACUUCACUUUGCAGGACCAAAUUCUCCAACAUUGUUGGAUAGUUGCAUAUCAGACUCUUGUAGACUCCUUUGCUCCAGCUAGCAUUAUCUUUGUCACCAUGACAAGAAACUACUCGAUGUCUUCUCUUGUUCUCUUUUCUUGUAAUAUAGAACAAUGCUAUUUUGUCUUGCAGAAAGAAGUUUCUUUCCCAAUUAGCUUCCUUUUUAACACCUUUAGCAACUGGAGUUGGCAGCCUUUCUGUAAUUCAGCUGGAGAUUUUUUGGCUCACUUCACAGAUAAUUAAACUGUAAAGCUAUUCUCAGUUGGAUGCCUUUUAAAAACUACUUCUUUUAUCAACAGUGCUAAGAAGAACAAAACCUCCAUUUUUUUUUCUUGUGCCAGCCAGUGAAAGUUUUGUGAUAACAGUUUGCUGGGGGAGUGGAGAGAAUUGAGAAGAUGACACAGAUUAAGGUUAGAAGUUAGUCCCAGUAUUAUGAUAGGAAUGUGGAAGGGGGGUUGUAACUUAUUAUAAUUCAGUCAUAAUAUACUGUAAUAUGUUUCUUGAAAAAAAAUAAUACUAUAUGUACUUCUGCCUAGAAAAAGGCCCUGUGGCUUCAAUAGAGUUUAUUCUGAAGGAAAUCCAUAAGAUUGCAGUCCAAAUGGCAACCCUCAUAUACUCAUGAAAAGCGUCUUUGACAUCAUGCUGUAGGUCUUAAUUCAGCAACUGUUUCUCCUUUAAAUUGUAUUUUGAUUUAUCUACAUUAUUUCAAGGUGUAGUUAUAGGCUUAAGAUGUUUAAGAUAAUUGCUCUAACCUGUCUAUCUGAUACCUAAUAUUUUAUCUACAGCUGAUAUCACCAUACAUUAAGUAUUGUAUGUGAACAUUACAGAAUUUAAAACCUUGGACUGUGAUUUUUUAUUUUGUUUUAAUUAGCAAGCAAAAAUAUUUCCCUAUUUAGUAAUGUUAUGUCAUCAGAGUUUUUCUUUGUAUUUCUUCACAGCCUGUCCCCUUUCCUUGUAAGUUAUAUUCAUCCUAAUUCGACUGACAUGGAAAACUUUUGUGGCCAGCUAAUAACAUGGAUAAUUUGGCUACCUCAUCUUGGGCACAUGAUUUUUCUGAGGUUAACUCUUCAAAGUUAAACCUAUUCAUAUGAUAUGUCAUUUGCAAAUGUGGGUUUUUUACUUCCAUAAGAGUUAAUAAGAAGCUAUGGGCAUUAAAGUUGCUGAUCUUGUCAGAAACAAAGUUAGAUUCUUUUUCCUGGCAAUUUUCACAAAGAGAAAAACAUGUAAGAUCUUGCUAUCUAAAACAGAAAAAGAAAACUUUAAUCACUACCCUUUCUGGUUUUAUUUUUUAGAGGAAUUAUUCUGUUUGAUUCAGUUUCUUUUAAAUUACAAAUUGGCAGAGAUGUCAAUGAGUAAUAAUUUAUCAAUGACUGGUAUGGUAGGUUUAUGCCUGGCUUUUCAAGUGGGUCUGAUUGUCACAGACUCUCAUAUUCUGUUCAAUACCCAGAAAUUUAUCUUUAGUCAAUGCUGGCUGAGGAAUUUUGGGAGUUCUGCACCUUUUACAGUGGCCAAGUUUGAAAAAAAAAUGGUUUUAAACAGCUUCAGAAUAACAGUAUUAAAUUUGUAAUCAUUAAAAUGACUGCCUAAUAAAAUAAAUCUCUCCAACGGUAACAAACUGAAACGAUCAGCUGAAGAAGGAGAGCAAAAAGAUAUAAUGGUAUCAUUCAGUGGAAAGUAUAGCAUAUGACUUGUCUGGUUUUAAGUGUCUUGUGUUUAGCUUACAAAUACAUUUGAAGGAAUUGUUGUAUUAAUGUUUAUGAUAUUAUGUUUAUAUUUGUAAUUAGUGUAGGGGUGGGCAGCUUGCCAUAUUAUACUGUGAAUGUCUGGCAAGUAAAUACCCACAAUGUAACUGUUCUUAAAACUUUACCAUUUAUGGCAAUUUUAAAAGUUGCAUUUUCCUUUCUAUUUCUAUAGUUCUGUAAUUGUGUAUUUUAUGCUGUAACACAAGAAAUCAUAGCAAUGUACUUUUUAAAAAAAAUCAGCAAUUUUUGCAAAGGGAUUCUUUAUGCCUGGAAAAUAAAUUAAUCCCUGCAAA